AAUACAACAUAAAAAUGUUAAUAUUAUAAAACCUCUGAUCUGUUUACUAUUCUAUGAUAUCAGAGACCAUAAGCUAAAAGUCACUGAUUUCUAUUGAAAACAUAGUGUACCGUAUCGAUAUAUAUAUAGUGGUGUUAACCUCACUGAAUAUUUAAUCUACACUCAUAACCUUUCAUGCAUUUGGUUUUAUGACAAGAUUCUCAUAAAUUUAAGUCAACAGAUAUCGCAAAAUGUUUUGAUUGAUGAUAACUAGGUGACACUUUAUCGCUAUUUUAUUCUAAAUUGAGAUUCUCCAGCAGUUCAUAAUAAUUGUGUUUAGAUGCCUUAUAUCUGACUUCAAUUGGAUUAUAUGCUGAUUUUUAUUGAAAUACAUAUGCCGGCUAUCCUCGCAUAUAAUUAUCGACGUAAUCUUCGUUGGUGAUAUCGGAAUUAAAUAAGUACAUUUCAUGCACUCAUUGAUUUGAACAGGCAAUCAAGAAGACGAAGCAAAGAGGGAAGAGAGAAGCAGACUAAAGAAGAUUCAAUUAAACAAAAGUUGGCUAAAAGGAGAGUUAUCGUAAAUUGAACAAUAUGUGGCUUAAAUUCCAUGUAGCCAAAAGGAUUAUUAUAAUUAAGAACUAUGUUAAAAUGUUUGUGGACUUUUGUUACUCUUCAACAUUUGAAAAUCACAUUCUUGAAUAAUCAAUCUACCGUGACCAAUUAACUAAUGGUCGUGAUUCAGACCAAUACACAUGAUAAUGUUAUGGAUGUAAUUCAGUCAGAUAAUAAUAAAACAAAAAAAGAAAUCAAUACUCAUCCUAAUAAUUCUACAUUUUAUGAUUCUAGUCAUUGUAUAUCAACUAACAAUGUAUCCAGUCAAAACUAUUCUACAAAUGAUGUAGACAAUCAAAUAUUGAUUGAUAACCAAAAUGAAUCGAGUUCACUUAAUAACAAUAAUGAAGAACUAUUAAUUGAUAGAUUAUAUAAACGAAGACAAUUGUUGUUACAACAUUUAUCUGUAGAAAUACAAAAAUAUGAACAAUUAUGUUGGGAUGAAAUGGCGAUUACUGGAACCGUUCCACAUGAAUCAAAUUUUCUCUCCGAUCAUUUCAAUAUUCGAUGUAAUAGUGAAACAAGAAAUCCAAUAAUAUCUACUCCAAAUAAAGUGUUAGAUCCUCCAAAUAGUUCUUCAGCUGCAAAUAGAUCCAGAGGUAUAGCAGCACGGUUGAAAUUUCGUAAUUCACGUAGAUCAAAGAGUGCUCAUGACAGAAUUCCUGAAUCUCCUCAAAGAUCAUUUCACGUGAGAAACAAAACUGAUUUAUCACCUACUAGAAAUUCGCUUACAGAUAAUCUAAUAGAUGAUAAUUCAGAAUCAAAAAAAUCAUGGAAAUGGUGGCGCUUAAAUAAAGAUACUGAAUUAUUUAAUAAUGUACGUCGACGACAAUCAAUAGGACUGAUUGCAGAACAAUAUUUACGAUAUUUUACAAAUGACAAAAAUGGACAUUCACGUGGUGGUAGUCUACCACCGACUGAUAAUAACAACAAUAAUAAUAUUUCUAAAAAUGAAGAAAAAAUACCAUCAGAAAAUCAAAAAAUCAAUGUUAGAAAAUCACUCCAACAAGAAGAUAUUUUAAACAUCCUAAAUAAUCAUCAUCAAAGCAAUGGUGAAUGUAGUCAUGUUAAAACAGAUCCAGCAACUCCUGAUGGUCAUCUGACUUUUUAUCAUAAAUCUUUUCGUCAGGAUCAAAUGAAGCAACAACAACAACAACAGCGACCUCAAUAUCAAUUAAACGGAAAUUUCGCUCAUCAUGAGUCAUGCAUUCUAAUGCCAAGAUAUGUACCUGCAAAUGACUUGCAACGAAUAAAUUGUAGUCAUCAAAGAAUUCGUCAUUUUAGUGGACAUCAGAUAAAUGAACCUGUCUUCUUUAAUAAUCGAAAUAACCAGUUAUUAAGUGGAUAUAUUAAUCAGAAUAAUUUUGAUUCUUCCUACAAUCACCUUCAGACCUGGAACAAUACCAAAAAGCAAUCUUCUCAAGCAAAUAAGAUUUUAACUAAUCAUCAUGUUUUCUAUAGAUCCCCAUCCUCGUCAUCAUCCUCGUAUACAUCUCAAGCAAAAAAUCCUAAUGUAUUUGAACAUGCACCAAAUGCAUACUUUUAUUCUCUUCAGAGAAGGAAUCAUUCUUCAUCGAAUACAAAAGAACAUCCAUUCGAAGCACCAUGUAGUGUUUCUAUUGUCAGUGGUGGUACUAUGGCUCCAUUUAUUGUUACUUCUUCUCCAAGAGUUUCCACUACUACUGCUACUGCUUCUACUACUAUUAUAUCCACUUUACCUUCGACUGCACCACCGAUACCUCCAAGAGCAUAUGUUCGUAGACCGAUUGUGUCGAAAAAUGGUACUAAGUUAAUAGAAGAAACUGUGUCAUCAGAUAUAAUUGACAAAAAAUUACUUGAUAUGAACAAAUUACAUAUGAUAGAAAAGCAGCAGUUUAGAGAAACUAAUAAAAAUAUUACAAAUAUCACUACACCUACUAUUACUACUUAUAGUAACAAUAUGUGUAAACCAGUAGUAAAAAUAGCUGAAACUGCUAUGAAUUUGUUACAAUGUAGCUCACGAUGUUUCGAUGGAAAUGAUCAACAUCCUUAUUUUAAUUGUAUUAAUAAUCAACAGCAUUAUGUAAAACCUAAUAUCUUGUCAAAUAAUCAAAUUAAAGACAAAGUACCAUCAAAUCAUUCAGAUAAUAGUUUUCAUAAAACUUCAGAAUUGAAGUCGAUGAUGCAUUACCAUCAACAACAACUACAACCUCCUUUAAAGUCAAUCAAUCAUCAAUUUGCCUCAAAUACUCAUGAAGUUAAAUUAUUUAUGUGUAAUGAAGGAAGUACAAUUGAAAAUAGAAAGGAUAGAUUUAAAUCUCAUCAAAAUAACUGUUCAAUUUCUAAUAAUCAUUUAAACAAAAAUCUAAUGAAUAAUCAAAGUCAUAAUAGAAUAUCAGUUAAAAAUGAUCUUUUGAAUAUAAUGAACAUUAAAUUACAAACAUCUCAUCCAGUUACAAAUCCUCAUACUCAGUUAAUGUACAAAAAUAAUCUUAGUAAUAAUAUAAAUAAAAAUAAUGAAGUAUGUUUAAUGUUUAUAAAUUUAUAUUCUCAUUCUUUUUACUUUAAUAAAGAAGAAACAAGACAGAAUGUACUUGUCACAAAUAAGACUAUUCAUUAUUAUCUAUACUGUCUAGUCUUUAUAUUAUUGAAAAAAGUGAGAUAUCAGCUCACUGAAGACAGUGGUGUACGGUGGCGCAACUUCGUGGAUUGGUUGAAGUUAGACAUUGACACCGUUGGAUGCUGGCUCAGUGGUCUAGUGGUUAAGUGCUUGCGCGCAAAACCAGUGGGUCUUGGGUUCGAAUCCCGCGUGGUGCGGGAUCGUGGAUGCGCACUGCUGAGGAGUCCCAUACUAGGACGAAACGGCCGUCCAGUGCUUCCAGGUUUUCCAUGGUGAUCUAGCUUCAGUUGACUCAUGAUUUCAACCUGUGAAAAAAGUUCUCAAAAUUAUCGGAAAAUUUAAGCCACUACAUAAUUUUAUUGAGAUCAAGAACUGGAUAUUUGCUUUGCUACAGUAUGAAACUCCUGUAAAAGGCAAAUUCAUGAUCAUCGCUUAUAAUCGAACGCAGAACUUACAGGUCUUUCUGUGAUAAUUUUAUCUUUAGACUACUGAGAUAAUGUUCACUGAUUUACAUGUUUGACUUCAAUCAAUUCGAAGAAUUAAGCAACAAUCUAAUCGUAUCUUCAAUAAACAACACAGUUGAAUUCUAUUGGUUACAGCUUCUUACUAGAAGUAAGGUAACUCUCCAUGAAACCUCAUAAUUAGGAUACAACAUAAUUAUUUGAUCCAUUUUUACUUGUCGUACAACAAUCUCCACAUACAUUAUUAUCUUUAGGUUCAAUAAACUUAAUAAACAUUACUGAACAAUUUCAUGCAAUUUGUAGUGCACGAUGAAAUUGAACCGUAUAAACAGGUCAUUAUAGAAGUACCAACUAAAACCGAAACCCCUUAAGAUACAUCAAAGGAACGAAUUUCCAUCAUAAUGAUAAGCUGUUUGACAGUAUAGGGUUGUGCAGAUUGUUGAGAUCAUGAAUCCAUCAAUGUUAGACCACCAUUGAAGAUGUAGAAGCACUAGACAGCCGUUUCAUCCUAGUAUGGGAUUACUUAGUCAUGCGCAUCCACAAUCACGCACGCAACACUUGGACCUAGGACCUUCGAUCUAACAUUCGAAACAAUAGUGAUAUUAUUUAAACGGGUUUAAAGUGCUGGUUGAGAUAGUGACACAAACUUAUUCAUUUUGAACACUAGUUUUCUUUUUGUUUACAAACGUUUCAAUAACUUUAGAUGUUGGAUUAAUAUAUUAUUUCUAUGUGUGUUAUAUUAAUUAUCUGAAAGGAUCAAAUUAACAGUGGAAUAGGAUCUAUCGAAAUAGUAUAGUUGUAAAUAAAUCAGUUGUUAGAUAAUAUAUCUACAGAAAUCUAUUACCAUAAUAAUUAUGUUUACAUAAACGGAUCACAUUUUGUAAUAAAACUGGAAAAUAAAAUUUCAUUUUGUAAGUUAAC